UAUUGGUUAACACACACACACACACACACACACACACACAUAUCACUUGAUAAAAACACUGAUAAAUAUCCUGCUUGCACUUUGUAGUAUUGUUGUUGAGUUAUAUAAUCAUGCUAACUAAUCUCGAAAAGGAUUAGUAACCUAUGUGACAUAACCAGCAUGACAAUAUCAUAUUCUCCCAUGGCUCCGUCACAGCCGUGCGAGUAGUGUGCGAAACUUCUUGGUCAGUAAACGAAUAUCUUCAGUCUUUUACUUAGUAAUACUCUCCAUCCAAAACUUUUUAUUAUAUUAAGGUAUCUAAAGUAAACGGAGGAAAAAAUAUAUAUCAACAUUAAGUGGAAUUGAUGGAAACCUAUAAAAACAUCAAUUUCCGUAGGUAAUAAGUAAACUGAAAAUUCCGUACUUUCUUUAUAGUUAUGUUUGCAAUAAGCGUAGUUUCGCCAUCGGAAGAUCGCCCAUCAUUAUCCUCUACCAACAAAGUUUUCGUAAAGGUACGUAGCUUACGUGAGAGAGAGAGAGAGAGAGAGAGAGAGAGAGAGAGAGAGCAGCAAUUUCUUUAUGUAGUGAGUAGCCUACCUACUACACUUAACGUAAUAACAACGGGUCCAUAUAAUUCUUGAAUGUGGGAAAAAAUCAUAACUAUAUCCUAAAGAUUAGGACAGCAUAUCCAUACUACAAUGAUAUGUUGGGCGAUUUCAUGCAUUAUUCUGCUAGGUCAUCCUGCCAUACCUUGGUAUAGUUCAUCAGCUUACCGUGCAAAGUCAAUGCCAAAGUUGCGCAAGUAUGUUCACUGAGGUGAUUUUACCUGAAGGCUAACUAGUUGUAGCUGACUUUACUCAUAGUCAGUUGCAAGUAGUAUUAUCUGGUAAGCAACAUAUUGAAUUGUAAUACCAUGAUUUUUAUAACCCGCAGGAAUGAUGAACAGUGAGCCAAGAUUAUCUCCUAACAGCACCACCACCAAUAUCGCUUCUCUGGAUGAUGCAUUACAAACAGGACCAAAUUCUCGUAUUUCAUCCUCUACAUCUAGUGAAACAAGAUUUAAUCAUGAUUCUGAUACAAUUAGUGGUAAACAAGAGCUAAGGUGCAUAUUGGCUGAAGAAAAUACCAAUAUCAAUGAAAAUCUGGAGGAUAGAUUUAGAAUUCAACAUCCUCAACAAUGUCUGACAGAUUCAGUAAUUAGCACAGCCUCUUCCAGAACCAACAUAACAAACCAUGAAGGAUUACUUGAAGACAAAUCUUGCCAAAUAUAUAAGCCCUCUGACUGUUCCCAAUCAAAAACCAAUUUAGAGAAAAUGCACAAUAUUGUAGCAAGUCCACAAUUCUGCUCCUGGGAUGAAGAGGAGCAGGAUGCACACAUCAGUACAUUGCAGCACACAUCUUACAAUCAGAAUGAGGCUCCAUGUUCCUUCAAGAUCAUUGUGAUGCCACCAAAGAAACAUGAGAGAAAUACUUAUAUCUGCAAAGAAUGUGGACAACACUUCACAAAAGAAUCAAACCUUAAAAAACACAUUGAUCGCUUAUCACAACAGCUGGCAGAACCUUAUUUCAAGUGCAAAUAUUGUAACCAUGUCUUCAAGAGCAAAGAGGCUCGUAAGCGCCAUCACCCAGUCCACAAAGUGUGCCCAACCAUUGGGUUCACUAAAGUGAGGUGUUCAGUGUGUGGUUUCAUGUUCUCGAGUAGGGAAAAGCUUCAGCACCACCUCCAUCGGUUCACUGAAAAUCCUGAUGAACGGAUCUUCAAAUGUUUCUUCUGUAGUCAUGCCUUCUCUACGGACUUCAGUCGUAACAGACAUGAAGGUCAGAUGCACACUGAGGCACACAAGCUUCCCUGCUGCUGCUGUGGGAAACUCUUCAACAACAGGUACAAACUCAAGCUCCAUCGCAUCAAGCAGCAGAUACAGCGUCCACCGAGGUGCCAAGACUGUGGGUGGGUGUUUGCUGCUCAGGAGUACCUAGAGGAUCACAAGCGACAAGUCCAGAGGGACUUACCUCUUGAGUGUCUCAUAUGCUACCACAGGUAUCGGUCCCAACUAGCACUUCUUCGUCACCUUAAGUUUCACACCAGGAAAUUGGAAUAUGAGUGCCCAUCCUGCCUAGGCAGAUUUUCCUCACAAAAUCUGUUGACUAAACACUUGCGCACAGCUCCACAGCGAGCCAAUAUAGAGCCCUAUUGAAACCACUAUGGCUCUGCUGUGUCAUACAAAUCUUGCUCACUAUUUGUUUUUUACUGGAUGAAAAUUAAGAUUCUGCAUGAACUCUUUAUUUUUUGUAAGGGAAAUACUUUAAAUGCUAUGCUUAUUUACAAAAUAAAGGAUAUUUUUUUUACUCCAAAUACAAGAAAUAAAAUGAUCUGUCAAUAGCUACAGUAAGUCUUCAUAUCACUCAGACAACAGAAUACUUAUUGGUAAUCCUCUUGAGAAUAACUUGUUUCCUUAAAUUAUAUUUGAAAAACAAAACAAAAUAUCAAUAGUAAAACAAAUACCAUAUAAUAAAGAAUAACCAUUACAUAAACUUGUCUCAAUUCACCUCUUCAUGCUGGAAAAUAGUUUAUACUAUGCUUAAUGGAUUUUCAAGAAUGAGAAUAAUAUACAGCUUUCCUAACAAUACAUUAACUCAAACUUUCAACUGACUGUGU